AUGUGGUUGCUAAGCACUUUCUUCCUGGCAGCUGUUUUUUCCUGUGGCUCUGCACAAGACUUGCAGCAAACCCCCAUAUCCAUCACAAGGUCAGAAGGCAAAACAGUGCUAAUCAACUGCCACGUCUCCAGUUCCGAUUUUAGCAACAUUUUCAUUCACUGGUACCGAAAGAGGGCCAAUGCAGCUCCAGAACGUGUUGCCUACAUGUCCUCCAGGAUUUUCCUCGAAAACCAGGCCGAUGAGGGGAAGUUUAGUAUUGAGAAGGAUUUCAGCAAAUCUAUCUGCACCCUGACAGUGAGCAAAAUAACUCUGCAAGACUCCGCCACCUACUACUGUGCUAGGUGGGAUGCACAGCAGGGUUAUUACAACAAGGUGUUUGGCUCAGGUACAAAACUCAUUGUGUCAGACAAAGGAAGCUCUCCACCAGCAAACUCGGAAAUCCUGCAGAAAAAACAUGAAAAUCAGAUAAUGUAUGUUUGUCUUAUUGAGAAAUUCUACCCAGAAGUUAUUCGAGUGACCUGGACUGAUGAAGAAAAGGAGAUAACAGAAAAUGUAGUAAAAGGUGAUGCUUGGCAACCCACAGAAGAGGAUGAAUACUCAAUUGCCACCUGGUUAACUGUACCAGCAGACAACAAAGACAAGAAAUAUUACUGCAAAUAUGAGCAUGAAAGCCAAAAGAAUUCACUGCCAUCACAAGUAAAUUCUACGAAGAAUGCUCCUCAGGAAGGGGACUGCAGCGCAAUUUUUAAUAGAGAUGUUACGUUUCCAGAUGUUACGCUUCCAGAUCACUUAAUGCACAGGACAGCAUAUUUAGUGUACAUCAUCCUUCUUCUGAAGAGCAACAUGUACUAUCUUAUCAUACUCUUCUUCAUCUACAGAAUGCGAACUCCAACCAAGCACCAAGGAAAGAAGGUGUAAAUGCUUGUUUAAGAAAGGUUACAAAUUGAUCGUGGAUUUACUUUGCUUACCUAUAUAGACUCCCCUGCUCUGUAUUAGAUGUAACAGCAAAAAAAAAAAAAAUCCCAAAAUAAUUUUCUGGCAUUACUGCAUAGGGCUCAUUUCGCUUUAUUGCUAGUGUUUUUAUAUCAGUCUGGUUUUCCUAAUUUUUUUGAAUAUCAAACAAGGAUAGGCAAUAGCAGUAAUGGAUUUUAAUCCAAAGUCCAUAUUGCAAAAUGAAGAAGGUACUCAGAUUGGAAGUAGUUAUGCAUGCAGAAGAGUAGGGAUGCAAUGGUACUUUUGAUAUAUAAAGCACAGAUGGGUUUUGUCAUUGCACUUAAGGUUUAAUUAGGAGCGUUCCCGUGCAGUAAAUUCACAGAUAUUUUUCAUUUUUAUUUUCAAUGAUUUGUUGCCACUCUCAUUUAUCCAACAAAUAAGGACUUAAUUAUUCUGAAGUGAUGAGUGCUUUAAGAGACAAUUAAACAUAAUUUUUAAAAGUGAACAUAGGAGUUUUGAAUGAAGAAGUCAGAUGAGAAUAAAAGCAACUGUAAGGUGCGUGCAUACAGAAAAUGAAGAAAUCCACCAGCACUGUGACAGUCUGAAAAUCUGCACAUUGUGUUUUUAAAGAGAGAAACCAAUCGUAAUUAUCAUAUACAUCACCUUGUUUAAAGACACCUUUUUAAAUUGAGCAAAACCUCAAAUCUGAAGCUUUGAUAGAGAAAGUAUUUUCCCAAAGAAGAGAAAUUCUCAGAUGUUGGACUUUGAACUCUUAAUCUCCAAGUUCCACAAAUCAGUUCCUUUCAAGUUUAUGCAGAAAAAUAGGAAUUAGACAUACUGGGAUAAAGCACUUGCUCAGUUUUUGUCAUACGUCUGUUGAUAAGUGCUUGCAGCAUUUACACUCACUGCAUCUUUAAUGAUGAGAGCAAUAAAAGCUUUCCUCCAGCCGCAGUUGUGAGGUCUCUGUUUGUUCUCCAGA